UUCAUCGUUGCCUAGUGAGUGACUGAGUGUGUAGCUUUUCUUUAUACUACAGGAGAUUAUUCUCUAAAUAAAGUGGAUGUUUUGAUAUUUUUAUAUGGAUUAACAGAGGAUAUGCUUUGUUUUCCGGCAACGACGUGACAAGAAUGAGUUUGAUGGAGAUCAGCGAAAACGUGAAGCUGGCCCGGGAGUACGCCCUGCUGGGGAACUACAGCUCGGCCGUGGUCUGCUAUCAGGGAGUGCUGGACCAGAUCAGGAAGUAUCUGCUCUCGGUGCGGGACUCGUCUUUACAGCAGAAAUGGCAGCAGGUUUGGCAGGAGAUAAACGAGGAGAACAAGCAUGUGAGGGACAUCAUGACCACGCUGGAGAGCUUCCAGAUGGACAACGCUCCUUCAAAACCCAGCGGUUUCAGCCAAGAAAACGACAUCAUGCCUGUUCAGGUCGAACACAGGGCGUCUCCGUGUCCUGUACGUAAGGCCCCGCUGCCCUACAAAGAUGGUAAAGGUCACGGCAGCAGACUGAGCGCCGGGCCGCGCUCACAACACCGACAGUCACCACGCGUCUCUAACGGCGACCGAGGGAAACCUCCCAAGGGCAAAGAGAAGAAAGACAACGCGCCGAAGCAGAAAGACGACAAGAACAAACACGAGGCUUCCGAGUCGGAGGUGAAGAAGUUCGACAGAGGAGGAGAAGACAAGGACCUGAUCGAGGCGUUGGAGCGGGACAUCAUCUCACAAAACCCCAACGUGAAGUGGGAUGACAUCGCUGAUCUGGAGGAAGCGAAGAAGCUCCUGAAGGAGGCGGUGGUCCUGCCCAUGUGGAUGCCCGAGUUCUUUAAGGGGAUCAGACGACCGUGGAAGGGCGUGCUGAUGGUCGGCCCCCCAGGGACAGGCAAGACUCUCCUGGCGAAAGCUGUAGCGACAGAAUGCCGGACCACGUUCUUCAACGUCUCCUCCUCGACUCUCACCUCCAAAUACAGAGGAGAGUCGGAGAAACUCGUGCGCCUGCUGUUCGAAAUGGCGAGGUUUUACGCUCCGACGACCAUCUUCAUUGACGAGAUCGACUCCAUGUGCAGCCGCAGGGGAACCUCAGAAGAGCACGAAGCCAGCAGACGAGUCAAAGCAGAACUCCUGGUGCAAAUGGACGGUGUGGGAGGACCGUCUGAAAACGACCCGUCUAAAAUGGUGAUGGUCCUGGCAGCCACUAAUUUCCCCUGGGACAUCGACGAAGCCCUGAGACGCCGACUAGAGAAAAGGAUCUACAUACCGCUGCCUACAGCUCAGGGCCGGGCCGAGCUGCUAAAGAUAAACCUGAAGGAACUGGAGCUGGCCAAUGAUGUGGAUCUGGAGACCAUCGCCGAGCACAUGGAGGGAUAUUCAGGUGCUGACAUCACCAACGUCUGCAGAGACGCUUCCCUGAUGGCCAUGAGGCGACGAAUCGAGGGCCUGACCCCGGAGGAGAUCCGUAACAUUUCCAAAGAUGAAAUGCACAUGCCCACGACCAUGGAGGAUUUCCAGACGGCGCUGAAGAAAGUGUCCAAAUCUGUCUCCGCCGCUGACCUGGAGAAAUACGAGAAGUGGAUCGCCGAGUUCGGCUCCUGUUGACCCGCUCCGACGCAGUAAUCUUACCUCAAGGGCUUAAAAAAAGGGGGCGGGGCAGUUUGUACGUUUUAGAGUUUUCUGCUUUAACUGCAGUGAAAUCGUCAAACCGUCCCCUCGUCAUCUGGUGGGUGGAACCGGGUGGAGCCAAUUCCUGCACCUGAAGAAACUAGUUAGAUUUAUAUUGUGUGUAUUUGGGGGAACGAAAAGCUUUGGAAACUGGCACUUUUUAAAUUAUUUCAGCACCUCCGGUGGUAAAACAGUUGGGUCACUCAGCGAGGGUUCUCUAUUAGUGAUCUGAGAGGAUCAUGUAGCACAGGAGACGAUCUGAUACAGUGUAGUAAAGCGAUAGUCUUAUAAAUA